AUGACUUCGUUUUUUGGGGUUGGUGGAAACCCCUUCGCGACAAUUGUUGGACAGAAAAUUGAACAAGCAACUGAUGGCUCUCUUGCUUCUGAAAACUGGACCCUCAAUAUUGAAAUAUGUGAUCUCAUUAAUGAGACAGAGGAUGGACCCAAAGAUGCCAUCAAAGCCAUCAGAAAACGGCUUCAACAGUCAAUUGGAAAAAAUUAUACAAUCGUCAUGUUCACACUUACGGUCCUGGAGACCUGUGUGAAGAACUGUGGAAAGAGAUUUCACAUAUUAGUGUGUAACAAGGAGUUCAUUUCUGAACUUGUCAAGAUUAUCGGUGUAAAUAAUUACUCUGUUCUGAAUGUUUUCGAAGGACCCAAGAACGAACCUCCGACAGUAGUUCAGGAGAAGGUUCUGAGCCUCAUCCAAUCUUGGGCUGACGCUUUUCGUAACCAACCUGAUCUGUCCGGCGUGGUUCAGGUCUACAAUGAACUUAAAGCGAAAGGGAUCGAGUUUCCUAUGACUGACCUUGAUGCCAUGGCACCAAUCCACACACCCCGGAAGUCUGUGAAGGAGAGCCUCGAUGGUUCAAACAGCGUUGCUGUCACACCUCCUGCUGGAGGGGGUGAUUCUGGUCCGGUGUCACUCACUGCUGAACAGAUGGCGAAAUUGAGGUCUGAUCUGGACAUUCUUCAGACGAAUAUGACAGUUUUUGGAGAAAUGAUAAAUGAAAUGACUCCAGGCAAUGAACAUCCAUCUGACCUUGAACUUUUUCAAGAGUUAAAUACCACAUUAAGACUGAUGCAAGAGCGCUUGGUCGAGCUUAUUUCUAAACUUUCAAAUGACGAAAUAACAGCUGAUCUCUUGCGCAUUAAUGAUCACCUGAAUAAUCUAUUUUUGAGGUACAGCAGGUAUGAGAAGAAUCGUGAGGCAUCUAAAGAAGGGCACACUUCGAGGGAACAGAACGGCCAAGAGUCCCUCAUCGAUUUGAACGACGAAGCAUCAGGGCCUCUUCCAGAGAUCACUACACAGGUUUCUAAUUUAGGUCUCGGAGGACAGCUUGCCAACUUAAAUACCGUUUCAGCGCAAUCUGGUUCACACAAGGCUGAUAAAGAAGAUGAGUUUGACACCUUUGCUCAAUCGAGGAAGCUCGAGUCAUCCAAAGACAGUGGCAGUUCAUAUGAAUCAAAUCGGAAACCGGACCAGAUAAGUGGAAGCCUUGCCGCAGCUGCUGAGGCCCGUGCCGCUCAGGGGACCCCUUCGAUGCAUAAGGAGAGUGACUUUGAUGAGAUGGCCGCUUGGCUGGAAGGGGCUGGAGAGCAGAGUGUUCUUACUAGUUCUGAAUUUGAAAGGUUUCUUGCUGAAAGAGCUAUGGCUGCCGAGAUUUCACCUUCCGAUCAGAGAAAUGCUGGUGGAAAUACCAACUCGAGGGAUGCAGACUUCGACAAGUUCCUGUCGGAAAGGGCAGCUGCAGCUGAAAGGUUACCCAGUGCUAGUAAUAGGCAAAAAGGCAAAGACCCACAAGAUUCUUCAUUAUUUUCACUUUAG